AGCCGAGUAUCAUCUCUAGGGUUUUGCGAUUUUCACAGAAGCAAAGCAGGCGGGCGAGAAACAAUGAGUCGGAGUUUGGGCAUACCGGUGAAGCUAUUACACGAGGCGUCGGGUCACAUCGUAACGGUGGAACUCAAGAGUGGAGAGCUUUACAGAGGAAGCAUGGUCGAGUGCGAGGAUAAUUGGAAUUGCCAGCUUGAGAACAUCACCUUCACUGCUAAAGAUGGAAAGGUUUCACAGCUUGAGCAUGUUUUCAUCCGAGGCAGUAAAGUCAGGUUCAUGGUCAUACCGGAUAUGUUAAAGAAUGCUCCUAUGUUCAAACGUCUAGAUGCUAAAAUCAAGGGUAAGAGCUCAUCUCUUGGAGUUGGCAGAGGUAGAGCUGUUGCAAUGCGAGCCAAAGCUCAAGCUGCUGGCCGUGGCACAACUGGCAGAGGUGUUGUGCCAUCUAUUCGUAGGUAAGUGUUGAUCCUGUGAAGUGCUUUCCAAUCUCUUCCAUCGGGAGAAGUAUUCAUCUUUGCAAGCUGUUUGGAAAUUGCUUACUAGUAACCAAACUUGUACUCUUCAUAUUUGAUGUGAAAAAAUAAAUUAGAUAUCAAAAUAGUGCUCAUUUGCUGUGUUCGAAUUGAACAAUUGCCAAUCUGUUAUCAUUUCUAAUGGCUUUUUGUUCA